CUCUCGUGUUGCAUGUAUACCAAUUCAUUGAGUGACCUUUAUUUUCACGUAAACAAAUAGUUUGUGAAUGUGUGUUACCUUCUGCUAUCGGGUAUGGAAUGACGAAAAUUAAGCACAGGGGGCAAACGAGCAUGCGGCUCACCUGAUGAUGAGUUACAAGAAGAAAUUCUUUCAGAUGUGAAUGUAAUUAUUUGAGAGACAGCAACAGAAAACAAACAAUAUGCCCAAAGUUCAAGUCACUUUCGAAAAUUAAAAUUCAAAACUGCGAAACGAAAAGAAUGGAAUUAAUAUUUACAAUGACAAGUGUGCCCUUUGUGAGCAUUGUAAAAAAUAUAUAAACAAAGUUAACCUAUUGUUUUUGACAGUGAUGCUUACACUAUGGCUAGAAUAACUGCACACUCGAAAUCUCGCCUAAUAUGUAGGCGAGGAAAAUCUAUAAGACUUGUAGAUCUAACCAAAAUAUUAGUUUUAAUAUUAGCUGUUAAUGUAGAAUACAUUAAAUGUAGUCAAAAUAAAACAGAAGACAAUCCUAGAGCAGCCGAAAUAGAUAUAGGUAAAAGAGUGAAGAUAAUUAAAGCUAUUUCUGGAAAUUUCUUCGGUGAUGUGUACAGAAAUGGGACAUUUAGAACUGGUAAUAUGUUGUGGGACGAUAUUUUAAAUAAGUGUACAGUGAAUCCAACAGUGAUUUGUUUGCAGAAGAACUUCUAUUCGUAUAUAGAUCAUAAACUUAAUUACGCCGGUGAUAUAAAUUUAGGUGGUGGUGUGUGUUUCGAGAAAAAUAAGGUUGAUAUAAAUAAAUAUAGUAAAGAAGCUAAUAUGAUCUACCUCACUGGGAACAAAGAAGAGUCGGAUAACAUUGGAAGGUCUUUUGAUGAAGAAAAUGAAAUUGACGAUGAAGAAGAAUCAGAAUCUCCUCUAGAAGAGAUAACGGAUGCAUUAUACGAUAAAGGAGUUAAAUUUAUGGCAACCCACGACAUGAAAUUAAGACUUCCUGAGUUUUUCUUUCAUGGUGCUACAUUGAAGAUAUCACCAAGAGCUUUGACUAAAACUGGAGCGUUGGUACAUAUAGAUUUGGAACCUAGAAACUCUGUGGAACAUGGCAGAAUAUUUUUUCACAAAAUAAAAAAAUACAUUAAAAGGAAAUUAGUAAUGGCAGCUAUUGCAAUAGUGUUAGUUGUGAAACUGAUCGCUUUGAAAUUGGUCUUCGUGAUGCCUAUAAUCUUCGGUGUGACGACUGCAAAGAAGAUGUUCCUCAAGUUUCUACUGUUCUUGUUCCCCGCAUUGAGUCACAUUUUCAAAUUAUGCUCAUGGUACCACCAGAAUUAUCACACAACCAAAUAUCACCAUCAUCAUCAUUUGAUCACACAUCACCAUAAGAAUCCUCACUAUGGUCACGGUACUUAUCCUGCUUCAACAGUGGUUUUCAAACCCCAUGCAGAAGGUCCUCCGUCUUUAGAUCACUACCCUCAAGAUUGGGAGUUAUCAGGCCCUGGACUUGGCAGUGAAUAUCUAGCAGCGGAUAUUCAUCGCAACGCCAUAUCCAAUUUUAAACCGCACAUGAAUGAUCUCCAUGACAUCAAUGCUUGGGGAUUGGGAAUGCCUCCAGGUCCAUCACCGAAUGUCGGUGAAUAUGCAUCAAGCAAUGCAAUUCCAACUGUAAUAGCUCCGAAUACGGGUCAAAUUGCAGGUCAAAGAUUGGGGCCUAGUGGCGCUGGAAGGCCCGUCGGACCACCGAACCCGUAUUUUCGAAAUAAGAAAACACAAGCAAAAGAUCCAUUACAAGCUGAGAAGGAAGCUCUGAUCCGUGCAGCAUCCUUAGCAGCCAGAGCACCUCCGUCACCGAUCAGAGACGAAUUAUUGCGCGUUUCAGCAGCGAAAUUAACAGAAUCGAAUCGUGUGAAAACAGAAACUGAGUUGGUCAAACAACAGCAGCAGAUCAUAGCUGCAACCGAUCCGGAAACUCAGGCAGCGGAGAAAUUCUAUGGGGCCCUGAUGGAGCGAGUCGACAAGAUCCUUAACACCAUAGGCGCCCAUGAUCCUGGCUGUAAGGACAGAGCCGUCUGUGCACUCUACAGGGAUCCAUUCAGUCAUGCACCAUACAGCAAUCUAGUCUCAAAUGAACUUAGCAAGGAUUCCAGCGAGCUUGUCCCACCUGCAGACAGCAAGAUGGCUCUUCAUUACUACAGAUACGUCCAAGCGGCCAGAGAUGGGCAAGAGCAGAAAAACUGUAUAGCUUUAUACCCAAAUUGCAGUAUAGAUUAUAAUAAAAAAUAAACUUAUAAUUUACCGAUAGACCUGCAAUCGACUUGCUUUCUCAACAUUUCUUUUUUAAUCGAAAUAAUUCCAUAAUAAUUCCCAAACAGAGUUAACGUCAGUGUCAGUGUCAGGUCGUGGAAUCAAUAACCGACACACCUUGUGUUUAAUAUGAAUAAAAACAUAUUACGGCGAUCCCAAAUAAUUGGGAAAAGGUUGGGAACAUGAUAAAUCGAAAUAUUUCUGUUUAGUAUCGACAUGCUAAUUUACACUAAACAUUACGCAUAUGUGACUGGAACAAAUGAAUAUACAUGUAAAACAUGAACUCAAAGUUGUAAUCACCGUCUAUAGAUGUAAAAAUACUAAAACAACAUACACAGUACCGCUAAAGAAUGUACUAAGUGAAACAUCACUUAGGACAAAACAUUGUCCUCUCUUGUUUUGGCGGGAAAGACAAAAAUAUUUUUAACUAUCCUGGACUACAGCACAAUACGCAAUAUAUUGUUAUAUUUCCGUCCAUUGCUGAUGCAGUAUUUUUAAUCAAUGAAAAUGGAAUAGUAACUUCGCCUGCACUAUCCGUAUAUGCUGGCAGCACACCAGUGAGAGAUAAUAGGUGAAGAUUAAAACAGGUUAGUUAGUCUAUCGCAAUGAUUCCACAAGAAUUAACCACGAUGAUUUCUCGGAAUAACCAUAUGAAAGUUGAUCUGAUUUUUUUAUCAGUUAUUGUUAGCAAUGAAUCUUUUAUAGCCCAUUUUAAUAAUGGGUAAUCCUUAUUUCCCCCGAAGCUAGUGGCGGAUUUGCCAACAGUUUGCGUAGAUUGGAACCUAGAGCAGCAGGUUUAAGCAACAGCAAGUCUAGUUUAGCACUAGACUUACAGUUUUAUUGAUAAAUAAAUUGUUAUUAAAAUGAUUGUAAAAUAGGGUACCAAAAUAUAGAAUUCGGUAAAGUUUGAAUAGCCUACUUGUGGUAAAUGUGUAAAUCUGCCACUGCCAAAAGAUAAAUAAGUAAAGCAAUGGUACGUACUUAUUCGAGUCAUACAAAAAUCUCCCUUCUAAAAAAUAGAAUCAAUAUCGUUAUCAUUCUUUUAAGAGAUAAUUCUACCAAGUGAAACUUAACAUUAAUCAAAGGAACAUGAAUCGAAAAAAUGUCCAGUCUCCCAUAAUAACACGGUAUGUCCAACUGUUAAGUUAGUAUGGGAGCUCAAUAUUUUAUAAAAUUUUACAAUUUUUGAUUCUGGACAUUUCGUUAAUUUUUUUCUUUAUCAAGACUUGAUUUCAUUAUUGUAUUUUGUAUACACACUUAUUACCAACAUCUUAUAUAAUAAAAUACAAUAUUGAAAAUAAUUAAGCAUCACAUAUUAAAAGUUAUCAAAAAAUAUAUAAAUGUAUAGAUAAUUAAGUAUAAAUUUUAAAUUUAUUUAAUUAUUAAAGAGAAUUAUGUAAAUGAUAAUAAUAAUAACUCUAUAAGAGUUUCUUAUUGCAUUUAGAAAAUUAUUUAUUUAUUUGCAGCUAUGUCCAAAACUUAGCAGUAAUAGAGAAAUAUUGAUUAUUUAUUUUCUAGCAAUAAGAUAAAUUGUUGUCAUAUCUAAUUUAUAUUAUAUAAUAAAUAAUAAUUAGUUUUAAGAUAUUUAAAACUUUAGUUUUAAAAUCUAAAACUUAAACCAAGCCCAGUUUACGAGACAUUGGAAAUUGAAAACAAUUAUAACCAGUAAAUUUUUUUAAAACUCUCUAUGUUAAUUUAAUAUAAUUUUAGUCAACAACAAGUACUUGGUCAUAAUUAUACUUAUAUAAUUGUCAAAUAAUAUUUAAAUUUUGCAUUGUUAAUGAAUUGUGGAAAUCAUAAACGUCGUUUAAAAUAUUCACAAUUUAUGUGAAAAAUCAUAAUCCCCUUACUUAUAACUGCUAUAAAAAAAAGAAACUAUUUAGUUUGUCUCCCCAUCCCAUCGAUCAUCAACAUAUGUGUCAUUAUGAGGCUUUCGACAUAAAAUGUCCGUGUAUAUAUUUUUUAAUUAAUUAUUGUACACCGAAGUGGUAGAUAUUAUUAUAAGUGUGGUUUGGGUAUUUCAUUAUAGUGGUAUGCCUAGAUUAGUAACACAAUUUAAUAAUAUACAAAUUAUAAAUUUUGUUAUUAAGCAUUGAUAGUCUAAUAAACUGGACAGAUACUAUAUUUCUCUCUUAAGUAAAUUAAUAUAUUCCGUGACUAAUUCAUGUGUAAAGUCAUUAUUUUAUAUAAAUUAAAAUUUAAUUCUAAAUUAAUUAAUAAUUAAUCGAAUAGCACGAUUUUAAUAAGUAAGGGGCAUUAUAAUAAACUUAUAGAGAAGAACAUAUAACAAACAUUUAUUGAAAAGUAAUAAGAAUGCGCUUACUUUGAUUGUACGCAUGUUCUACUACUAGAAAUGACAAACAAGUUAUGCUACAUAAUGAAAAAUGAAAAAUGGUGACCAUUGCUUUGAUGUAUGUUCUAUACUUAGAUUAUAUAGAUAGAGCAUCGAGUUUCAAAAACUGGUCAACUUUUUGUCAUCUAAUUUCCAAAUGCUGCUGACUUGUUUUUUCUUCAGUGAUCUAUAAUACUUACACACAUAAUGUAUCUUGAUGUAUCUAUAUAUGGUAUUAAUCAUUUAAUAAAUAAAAUGAGUAUAUAUAUGUACGCACUAAAAAGAUGCAAAAUUAUAAAACAAAAGAAAUAUAGAAGUUAUAAAGAAAACAUAACUAUUUGUCACGCAAAAUUGUAUGAAAAAGUUAACCCGCUUUUCCAAGCAUUUGUAUGGAGAUACUCUAUCUAUAUAAUCAAGGUUUGACAUCAUAGACAUAGAUUUAAAAGGAUUUUAACUAACGCACAUAUAUCGUUGCAUUUGCUUAUUUAAAUUUUUUAUGAUAUGCGUUCAAUCCUAAUGUUAAUCUAGUUGAACUCAAUAUACUCAUUUCCAAAGGCAUACAAAUAAUUUGGAAAUCUGAAUUUAUUGCCUUUUUUCCUGACUAUGCAUUUAUUUUAUGGUACGAUUGAACUGUCCACUUUACGGAUUACUGGUCAUGCAAAAUUGCCAUAAGAGAGUCUCUUUUUAUAACUAUCAUUGUAUAUGAUUCUCCAUGAAUCUCUCGAAGUAAGUCAAGAUUGGUUUAUAUGAUUUAUUGUAAUUAUUUAUUAUAAUAAUUUAUUAUUAUUAUUUAGGUACGUAGAAUUAGUACCAUCCAGUCACUAGGACGUUAGAAUUGUAACUUAUUUAUUUUUACUAAGGUACUCGUAUCGUGCAUUUCAAUUUUCCAUGACUGCAACAAACAUGUCAGUUGUAAUG